AUGACUUGGCAAAGAGUGCAGUACAAUACAAAUCAGCCAGACACUGAUUAUUAUAAGAGAUCAGGUCAUGCAAGCACAUUGUUGGGCGACGAAAAUGUGAUAUUGUAUUACGGAGGACAAAAUGGCCCUCUUUCUUUAGCAACCGAUCCAAUCUUCCUUGAUGUCUCCAAAAUGGAGUGGAUUCGCACUAGUAAUACGAACGGCGAUAGAAUCAUCAUCCACAAAAACAGUGUCGAGCAAGACACAGCACAGGAAAAGCACAAAUUGGGCGGUGGUGCUAUUGUGGGGAUUAUCAUUAGUGUUGUUGGUAUCGUAGCAAUAUGUAUCGGUCUGUUCAUCUGGAGAAAACGACACCAUAGACAACAAAGCAUCCAUCAAAAGUCAAGAGCCGCCAGAUUCAGUCAUGUUUUAUUUCAAGGAGAAAACAGAAUCGCUGGAACAGGCUUACUAGCCGACAGAAAUUUCUUGAGUCUCCCUGAAUUGGCCCUUUCUCGUGAAAGCAGUAAUAGCCGUAUAAGCGCAAUUUCGUUGGGCGCAGAAUUUCGUUUCUCUGCAGACGAAUACCAUCAUUCUCACCAAUCAGCGGGAAAUCAACCAUUGAGCAUUCUUUCUGAAGAAAGCAACGACUUUAAAAAACGAGAAAGCAUAGGUUUCAAAAGACUCACCCUAAACCUAUUCUCAGGCUCUACCUCGUCCAUGCAUCUGGCUGUAACAAAUGCUCAACGCGCAAGCUCGUAUUAUAGUGAUAGUACUCAGUCUACACCAAGAAGUCCCAUGUUCCCAAGUAAUCUUCGUGACUCUGCCGUCCAUUACCAACUCAAUGAGCUCGAGGCCAACUCUUGGAAUUCGGAACAAGGCAGAUCAACAACAACACCGCCAGAAAAAUAA